ACCCGAAUCAAACCAAAUUAAACCGAACACCCACCAUUCUCUCAGACCAUUGAUCAACACAAGUUUGUAGAUUUUGUCACUUAGGAAGAAAACAGAGAAAGGACAACAACCGCUGCUCACAAAAGUAUGAAACUUUCAAAAUCAUUCUUCUUCAGGAGUCAACGCGUGUCUAGAAUUUUCUAAUCAGAGGACGAAUGAGAGGAAACUCAAACAUCGUCAAUUUAUGGAAACGGAGGCGAAAAGUUUACAUCUUUCUCAGUGAGAUAGAUUCUCCACUCCAAAAAGAUUCAACCUUUUUCUGGAAGACGGUAUUGUAUUCUGCAAUUGGCUCAUCAUCUGUCUGUUAAUAAUCCUCUCCGCGGAAUCGAAUCGUCUCAACUUUGGUUUUGCUCCGAGGAUUGUUUGUUUAAAGGGACUUUGUAGAAGCACAUCAUCUCAAGAAGACAUAGCUGUGUAGCUUCUUUCUCGUCCUCUUUGGCAAUUGUUAAACUUUGAACUCAUUUCUCAGACAUGGGCUACUAUAACAAUGUCUUUGAUGGAUGCAAUGACCAAACUGAUAUCGGUGCGGUUAUGCGUAAUGGAAGGGAAGUCAUUCUCCAGGCAUAUAACUGGGAGUCUCACAAACACAACUGGUACAAAAACUUGGACGCAAAAGUUCCAGACAUCUCAAAAUCAGGCUUCACUUCCGCAUGGCUCCCACCACCAUCUCAGUCUCUCGCACCAGAAGGUUACCUUCCACAGGACCUUUACUCGCUAAACUCAGCGUACGGCUCCGAGCACCUCUUGAAAUCCUUGCUUGGCAAGAUGAAACUGUACAAAGUCAGAGCCAUGGCUGAUAUAGUCAUCAACCAUCGCAUUGGCACUACGAGAGGACACGGUGGAAUGUAUAACCGCUACGAUGGGAGCUCGCUACCAUGGGAUGAACACGCUGUUACUUCGUGUACAGGAGGAAAAGGGAAUCGAAGCACGGGAGAUAAUUUCAAUGGAGUUCCGAAUGUUGAUCAUACUCAACACUUUGUUAGGAAAGAUAUUAUUGGUUGGCUUCGUUGGUUGCGUAAUACAGUUGGGUUUCAGGACUUUCGUUUUGACUUUGCUAGAGGCUAUUCAGCUCAGUAUGUGAAGGAAUACAUAGGAGCAGCGAAACCGUUGUUCUCGGUUGGUGAAUGUUGGGAUUCUUGUAACUACAAUGGUCAUGGUCUUGACUAUAAUCAAGAUAGCCAUAGACAGCGUAUAAUCAAUUGGAUUGAUGCCACGGGACAGCGUUCAGCUGCAUUUGACUUCACGACUAAAGGAAUCCUGCAGGAAGCUGUGAUGGGACAGUAUUGGCGUUUACGUGAUGCACAAGGGAAGCCACCGGGAGUAAUGGGAUGGUGGCCUUCAAGAUCUGUCACGUUCCUUGAUAACCACGACACUGGUUCUACACAGGCUCACUGGCCGUUCCCUUCACACCAUAUUAUGGAGGGCUAUGCAUAUAUACUUACUCAUCCAGGCAUCCCAUGUGUGUUCUAUGAUCACUUCUACGAUUGGGGAAGCUCCAUUCAUGACCAGAUUGUCAAACUGAUUGAUGUUAGGAGGCGACAAGAUAUUCAUAGUAGGUCAACGAUCCGUAUUCUGGAAGCAAAGUCUAACUUAUACGCAGCCAUUGUUGGUGAGAAACUCUGCAUGAAGCUUGGAGACGCCUCUUGGUGUCCUUCUGGUAGAGAAUGGACUCUAGCAACAAGUGGCCAUCGCUAUGCCGUCUGGCACAAGUAAAAUCUUGUUGUGCACCUCUUUUACUUUUAAACCUUCCUGCUCGUCUCGAAGGUUCUGGCUUUCAGAGUCCAUAGAUAUAAUUCACUUUCUAUCCUGUAUCUUAACUAUAAAUAAUGUGAUGUCCACCACUUGCGUCUUCAUGCGCCAUAUGUUACAAGUUAUCUACAUGUUCAAUUUAUAAAGUACUGAGCACUAUUCGUCGGUUGA